GAAGACAUGCACCGUGUUUGAACAUAGAGUCUGAAAUGUUCAAAAAGAUCCAGAUGCCAGUGGCACGCAUUGAGAUAAACAUGUGUGCAUGAUAAUGAAAUUGCUUAAAUGUAAGCCGGAGGUGUAUAUUUAACGAUAAAGGACUAAGGGCAAUACAAACAUGGUGUUUUGAUAAAUACUUCAGUGGUAAUUUGGAUGUUUCCUGUUUUAUUACUGGAAUAGGCCAAUUGAGAAUGGACGUUAUUUUUCAAACUUGUUUGAGGAUCUCAUUAGGGGCUGUCUAACGCAAAUUUAAGUCUGCUUGAUUCGUUUGGGAGAUAGAUUUUAAAGCUUUUCUCGAGAUAACUAAUUAAUAUCCUACCGGGUAUUUUUUUACGAAGAUUAAUCGAAUGCAAAUUCUGCUAACUGUUUUAUAUUCGCACUUGGGUGCAAGCCAUCAGUUUUUGGGUGGGCAUUUGUUGGACUAGUAUUACAAAGCUUCUCACAUGGGCGUUGGAAAUUGAUGUGUUUUUCGCGGCACGAUAAUUCCUCCGUAAAUUAACCCAAUCAUUCACUAAAGAGUGGCGACAUUUAUUAGUUUCGCACCCCUUAACUUCUCAGUCCGGACAAAACACUGCUGCAGAAAUGGAUCUGACGAACAAAACAACAAGGAAUUCCUCUCUCGGGAACUUUACCACUGAUCCUAUCAGCUGUCAGGCGAUUGGCGAUGAAACGACAUCGAAAGCCGUCCAAACAACUGCAUACUGUAUCGUUCUACUUCUCUCCUUAAUGGGAAACACUCUGAUAAUACUGGUCGUGUACCGAAACCCUCGCAUGUGGACGGCGUCGAACUACCUAAUUGUCAACAUGGCUGCAUCUGACCUCCUUCUUCCCUUCUUUGCAGUACCAAGAAUGAUCGUCGAAGUCCUGGUCGGUAGAGAGCGAUGGCUGAUCGGAGGCACGGCAGGUUUGGCCCUAUGUAAGCUCGCUUACUUCUUGCAAGACGUGUCCACUGCAGUCUCUGUCCAAAGCCUUCUUGCCAUAACAGCCGAGAGGUUUUAUGUGGUGAUGUUCCCCUUAAAAGCAACUGCGAUGAAGUCCAACAUCAAAUACGUGAUUCCCUUGACCUGGCUCACGGCAAUCGGUCUUCAGUCACCGUAUCUUCAGGUCUUCAAGCUGUGCCUUGUACAAGGAAAACUAUUGUGCUGCCAGAGGUGGUCCAUGUCCAUUCGAAGCCAAUUUAUGUAUUUUGUUUUCAUUCUCAGUUUGGUGUUUGGUGCGCCGUUGAUAACUAUUGUAAUUUUGUAUGCAUUUAUUGUUUAUAAAUUGUUUCGCCGAAAGCUUCCACCAGGUACCCGCAAUUCCAUCACCCAGAAUCAGCGAGAUCAACGGGACAGACAAAACAGGAACAUCCUUAAAAUGGCAGUGACGGUUGUUGUGACUUUUUUUCUGUGCUUUUCGCCACUAGUGAUUCUGGCCCUACUUUUAACGACCGGCAGCAUCGGCAAAUGUAAAGCCGAAACAUUUCGCAUGAUCGCAAAGUUUUUCGCCCAGUCAAAUUGUGCCAUAAAUGCUUUCAUUUAUUACGCCUUUAAUUCACAAUUCAGAAGGGGAUUUAUUUCUAAUUUGCAGAAAAUGUUUUGUUGCCAUACAAAAAAUAACAAUGGUUUAAAUAUCACUGUGCGAUAUUCCACUUCGAGUCAAAGAAUUUCUCUCUUGUCAGAAAAACGAACUAAGCGUACUUGUUCCAUGAGGCGAACCACCUCAGAGGAGUAGACAAGGACAGACAUCAGUUAAAGAUAAAAAAAAACACAUCUUUGUUUUUAAAAAAAUAUUUGGUAAUUUAUAAGAUUCUUGUGUCCAGUAGGCUUAUGUAGGUGGGCCAGAGUUAUGUUCAAUAAGUUUAUCUCAAACUUACUAGAUAAGUUUUAGUGGAAAUACCACAGAAAUCGUUAAAAUACUAGCACGUUCAGGAAACAAUUUAUGCCGUAAAAGAUUCCAAUCUAUGCUUUUUAAUUAUUGUCAUAUUUCAGUAUGUUGUUCGAUUUAGUCAUUAGGAAAACAUUCAUUUUUCCUCGAGCUUAUUAGAAAUGUUUUCUGUGCAAAAUUAAGUAAUUAAAAAUGUUUCCUUCCAAGCAGUUAUCACUGAAACCACAGGGAGAUACUACAGUGCUAAAGAUGAUGCUCUGCCUGUGGUUAGAUAAGUAAUCGCCCAGAAAGAAAUGAAAUUACUUCGUUCUAGCUCUUAAUGCGGUACCAUAAAUGAAGUAGUUUGGAAUUAUUGUCAAUUGAUGUUCUAGGCAGCACUUUCAGGUAGAUUGUGAAAAAAAAAUUAGAUGUUAUAUGAAUUAUGUAAGCUACAAUUGAAGAAAAAUACCUGCAUAAGAAAUUUCUUAUUAUAAUGUUAUGAAUUUGACGAAUAUUACAUGAAAAGGUUUCAUCAAGCUAUUGCCUGAUACAAAACACUUACCCUCAAAUCAGUGAAAUAUCUCGGUUUUUAGUUUUAAAUGAGGUUUUACUACCCGCAUUGAUAAUAAAGGAAGAUAAACCUAAAUGAGAAGUAAUAAAGA